AAAAAGAACCAGAAAGCGCCGCCUCCAAAAAACGCGUAGGCUUCGCCGAUUUCGUCUACGGCUUCCCAUUAUCUUCUCUUCGGCUUCUAUUACUCUCUUAUUCUGUUUCUCUCUCUCUCUCUCUCCCUCGCUCUUUCUUUCUAUAGAUAUAUAUAUUUAUAUAUUUUGGUCCUUCUCGCCCCCACGUUCUCUGCCUAAUUAUAUAUAAAUAAUCUUUGUUUAAAAAAAAAAAAAACUUUUUUUAAUUUGAAUUUCAAAUAUCUUAUUACCGUUUUUAGACUCUCUCUUUCUCUCCCUCUCUCUCUCUCUCUCUCUCCCUCGUCGUUUCUUUCAAUUGGUAUAUAUAUUCAGCUUUUGUUUAUCUGCCCCUCUCCCUUUUGCUUCUCUGGCGGCAUUCCUUCGAUCUCUGGUGGGAUUUCUAGUCAUCUAAAGGGAAAUAAUGGCAGAGCCAAAACCAGACACCCCCUUGAUCCCACCACAAUCAUCAUCCCGAAACCUCCCCGAUUUCAAAAAGUCUGUGAAAUUAAAAUAUGUGAAGCUUGGAUAUCAUUACCUCAUAACCCAUGGAAUGUACCUCUUUCUUUCCCCUCUUGUGGUCCUAAUUGCCGCUCAGCUCUCAACAUUUUCUCUCCAAGAUCUUCAUGAUCUGUGGGAGAAUCUCCAAUUCAACUUGAUUUCGGUGGUCAUAUGCUCAGCCCUCCUUGUUUUCCUAUGCACCCUCUACUUUGUUACCCGACCUCGGCCUGUAUAUCUUGUUAACUUCUCCUGCUACAAACCAGAUGAAGCUCGGAAAUGCACGAAAAAGAUUUUUAUGGAUCAGUCCCGGAUGACUGGCUCAUUUACGGAGGAGAAUCUCCAGUUCCAGCGUAAGAUCCUUGAGAGAUCUGGCCUUGGGGAUUCGACCUACCUUCCCGAGGCUGUGCUCAAUAUUCCUCCCAAUCCAUCAAUGCAUGAAGCUAGAAAAGAAGCUGAAACUGUGAUGUUUGGUGCAAUCGAUGAGCUCUUUGCUAAGACCUCUGUAAAAGCCAAAGACAUAGGAAUACUAAUUGUAAAUUGCAGCCUAUUCAAUCCAACUCCAUCUCUCUCUGCUAUGGUUAUUAACCAUUAUAAGCUUCGAGGGAAUAUAGUUAGUUACAAUCUAGGAGGGAUGGGUUGCAGUGCUGGUCUGAUCUCAAUUGCUCUUGCCAAAGAUCUUCUUCAGGUUCAUCCUAACUCUUAUGCACUGGUUAUCAGCAUGGAGAACAUCACGUUGAACUGGUACUUUGGGAAUGACCGAUCGAAGCUUGUUUCAAACUGCUUAUUUAGGAUGGGAGGGGCUGCAAUUCUGCUUUCAAACAAGCGAUCUGACAGAAGAAGAUCUAAAUACCAAUUGGUGCACACUGUUCGUACCCACAAGGGUGCUGAUAGCAAGUGCUUUGGCUGUGUUACCCAAGAAGAGGAUAGCAAUGGCAAGAUUGGUGUUACUUUGUCAAAGGAUCUGAUGGCCGUAGCAGGUGAUGCUUUGAAAACCAACAUCACCACAUUAGGGCCUCUUGUUCUGCCAAUGUCCGAACAGUUGCUCUUCUUUGGUACUCUAGUUGGGAGGAAACUGCUCAAGAUGAAGGUCAAACCUUACAUCCCAGAUUUCAAACUAGCUUUUGAGCACUUCUGCAUACAUGCUGGGGGAAGAGCUGUUUUGGAUGAAUUGGAAAAGAACUUGCAGCUAACUGAUUGGCAUAUGGAGCCAUCGAGAAUGACACUAUAUCGAUUUGGAAACACUUCAAGCAGCUCACUUUGGUAUGAAUUGGCUUAUACAGAAGCCAAGGGAAGGAUGAAGAGAGGAGAUAGAACAUGGCAAAUAGCUUUCGGCUCUGGGUUCAAGUGCAAUAGUGCUGUCUGGAAGGCUUUGAGGACCAUAAACCCUGCAAAGGAAAAGAACCCAUGGAUGGCAGAGAUCCAUCAGUUCCCAGUAGAUGUUCCAAAAGUUUCAGCGAUCUAAAACUCAAAAAUGGUACUACCCUAUUCUUAUGCCACCAUAUUCAGGUGGCCAUUGAUGGCUUUUUCAUCAUCUAAUUAAGGUGUUAGAACGUAUUCUUGCUUUUCCAUUUCCAAGAUUGUAGGGCAUUUGGUUGUGCGUUUCUCAUAGAAGAUUAUUGGUGGUUUCUGGGAUGUGGGUGUGACUUUCUACCGGGCACGGUAUAGAAGAUAUUUUAGGCAUGAAUUCAUGGCUUCUUUCUUCAUCGAAGUAUUUCGAGCGUCUUUUAAAGUAGAAUUAGAAUAUUAGAUGGUGGCUGUAACUUUAUUAUUGUGGCCUUAGGCCAGAAAAAAAGAUUAGGCCUUUUAAUUAAAUAGUAAUUUUGAUAUAAAUAUGAUUAAUUGAUGUACUUUAUUUCUCCUUUUUAGUGAUAUUCAAGCUCUUUAUUGCUUUUA